AUGGGAAAUCAGGUUGCCGGUUUAACGCCACCACCUUUGGUGAACGUUGAGGAUUGCCUGUCGGAUAUGACUAACACAGUGCGGUUUGAGGAAGAACUUUCGGGAUCUCGGCUGUUCAAAGUUGCUAAAGCAAAGCGUAUCGAUGAUGGAAGUUCUCAGCUCCUCGUGUUGAAAGUUUUCUCAAGCCCAAACGCACUUCAAAUAUUUUCUGCUUAUCGGCCUUUGGUACAGGCUUAUUGUCGGCAAAUAGCGGGUGGUCAUAAUCUGCUAUCGUUCACAGUGAACAUCGCCGUUUCUGAAAGGAACAUCGUAUUGAAACGUGACUUCAUUGAUCAGUCUUUGGUGGAUCGUCUUUGUAUCCGACCGUUUCUCUGUUUAGAGGAAAAGAAAUGGAUUGCAUUUCAACUGCUUUGCGCCCUAGCUCAACUUCAUCGUUCUUCUGUGAACAUACCUUCCGAGAAAGAGAUUGGAUCUGGAGACUAUGCCGCUAGGCGUGUUGGUCUGGUGCGUCCACUCUGCCAUGGAGAUAUUAAGGGUGAAAAUGUACUGCUAACAUCUUGGGGAUGGCUGUUGCUUACGGAUCCGGCUCCUUUUAAACCGUGCCAACUACCGAUUGACAACCCCAGUGAAUUCACGCACUACUUUGACUCCUCUAGGCGACGUGUUUGUUACUUGGCCCCAGAGCGGUUUGUCCACGUAAAGCGGUCAUCGAUUGUAGCACCCGAGGAACGCUCAACUGUGCUAGGAAACAUCCGAGAUGUAAACAUAAAUACUCCUGCUGAUACAACUACUGAAUCGCAAUCAAAUUGUACGGUUGAUGAUAAAACUAACCGACCGGUCAUGGUCCCUGAACAAGAUGCAACCGAUCGUAAAGUUUGGUCUUUGGAGCCCCACGAUUCAGCGAAUGAUGCCCAGACGGGAUCUAACCCACCGGAAACGUGGUCUCAACCACAACUUACUCUGGAUCCCACAAUGGAUCUUUUUUCUGCCGGUCUGUUGUCAUUGGAUCCAAAAGCCAGGGGAUCAGCCGAGGGACAGUUGAUGGAGCAUAGAGGCAAGGUAUUCCCUGAUGUGUUCUACACUCACCUGAUGCCUUACAUGCAAUCUUUCCUUUGCGCAUCACUGGCCAAUCCAACCAGGCGAAUGUCCUACUUGCGGCAGACGCUCCCGCUUUUUCUGAAAGAAGUUGAAUCAGCCGGCUCAGAGGCUCUCCAAGUCUGCGCUGUCCUCAUUUCAAAUAUAGUCUCUGGUGCACUGAGGCCUGUCGUUUCUACUUACAUUACGCAAACGCCAAACACAGCCGCUACAGUUGGAUCGGCAGACAAGGUCAAAUCGAAUAUUGCCGUUCAUCAGCCCUUUGUAGGCACUUCCAGACCACAACAAUCGGCUCCAGAAAUGUGCUUACAACCUUCAGAUCGAUAUCUGUUUGAGUCUGGCAAAGUAGAUGCAUUGGUCUGCCUGCUAGAAUUGUACGCUCACAUUCCGCCUGCCUUGUUACUAGAUCGGGUGAUUCCCUAUUGUGUGGAUUUGACCACAUGCACUCAUUCGUCUGAAGUUCGUAGUCUGGCUUUGGAUUGUCUUGUGCAAAUCUUGCAGCACGUCACCGAAAAGCAACUCCCUUCUACUACCGGAUCCGCCUCUUUGGAAGCAUUUUUCUUGACCGAAUAUCUUUUCCCUACUCUGGCCUCUCUUUCCGUAGAUCCGCGACCGGAAAUUCGGUUGGCAUACGCCCGAUGCUUGCCUUCUCUUGCGGAAAUCGCCCUUCGGUUUUUGAAUUCAUCUGCGCUACAACGCUUUGGCUGCGGUCUGGACGCAAAAGUAAGCCAAUCCAGUUUCAGGUCUUUAUUCAUUUUUUAA